UAAAUGCCUUGUACUUCCUCGUUUUAGAUCAGAAACUUCAUUGACUUUACGCCUCUACUAAUUCACCUCUCUGAAUGUGGAUAGGAGUUUUGCGACGAACCAAAAGCUGUGUGAGAACUUGUCAGGAUCAAGGAGUUUUUAGGAGUGAAUGCAGAUACUUUGUAAAAGUUUGUUUUGAGUUUUCCAGGGGCUGUGAGUGUAACAUAAUGGCACAGUUCAGUGGGCUGUCUGGCGGUGGUGUAGCUCUACCUAUCGGAGUGCUUAUCAUUGUGUUAACAAUGGCGUUUUCACCAGUUACGGGUCAAGGGCUCACAACAUCGUUGACCUCCUGGGAAACCGACACCACUUCAACAUCAGAAACGUACACAUGUGCCGACACGUGUGCUGAAAAUGAAUGCGUAGGACCUGGGAAAGACGAAUGCACAAAGUGCCCUGGGGAUGACAAACCUUCAUGUCCGCAGUGCGAUGAUGAUAAUUUAGACCCGGGAGAUACAAGCUGUACGUGUGUUGGCGAAUGUUUGUUUGAGGAGGGGAAUGAGGAGGGACUAUCCUUAUUGCCUAUUUUGAUAGGUGUUGGGGUUGCACUUUUUGUUCUGGUGUUGGUUUGCUGCUGUUGUUAUUGUUGUGCUAGAUUAUCAUCGAGAGCCAGAUCAACAUGUCACCGAACUCGGGAACUCCCAUCUGAUUAUGAAGCUACUUUAUAUGAUGGUAGCGUUAAGGAUUUCACUGACAAGACCAUUGAUGAAGACAACAAUCUGGGUGCUGCAGGAUAUACUUUAAUCACACAGACUACUCAAGCAAUAACACAUAUGCCACCAAGAAAUGAAACGCCUUCUCAUGUUGAAGAUGUGCUGAAUAAGUUUAACAGGCGAACUGUGGACAUCAGUGCUUAUGAGAAGACUGACAUCUUGCUGCAGUUACAAUACAUGGCUGUUGGCUUCUUCAAUGAAAAAGGUGGCAUUUUGGCUCUGCAGGAAUAUGAUGUGCACCUUUACAUUCCGCAUGGUGCAAUACCUGAAGGCCCGCCCCAACAGGUGUAUAUCUAUGUCAACCCUGAUGCAGUAGUUGCUGAUACAGUCAAUGGUGAAGAUGAACAAUUGUCACCAGGUGUUUACUGUGGUCCUCCUGGUCUGACAUUUAAAGACAGUGUGGUGUUGUCUUUUCCUCAUCAUGCAGAGUCAUCUGAUUGGGAGUUUACUGCUAAGAUGUCUUCAGCUUCUUCAGAAUCCUGGCAAGCCCUUGAUAGCAGCACUGAUGGUCAGUUGGUGUCUGCUCAGGGAGACAAAGCCAUUUUUCUGGUCAAUCAUUUUACUUGGUUUGCAUUGUUUGGCAGAGCCCUAGGUAAAAGUCGAAAACGAGUGCGAGUUGGUGCCUUUGGAGAUAUCUUUGAUUCCAGAAGCUAUGCUUUUCGGGUUUACGUUUGGAAGGAUGACAAGGUGUCUGAGCAGGUACUUAACAAUUUCAAUGCAUUUAUUUUGAUUGAUUCUUCCAAACAAAUUCAAAGAAUUGUUUAA